UCCUUGCGCGAGUGGGGAAUACAUUAGCACAAAACUUGAAAAUAUUCUACCACAACUCAAUCCGUAAUGAACGGUUACGAUGUGAAUCACAAUUACGGCGUCAGCAGAUAACACGCGAUCGUCGCGCGUUUUGCACUGGUUAACAUUGCUGGUAAAUCACACGCACCAAGAACCAAAAUGACGAUCGAACAUUCGAGUAUUCGACGGACGUCGUCCCCAGUGUGUGCCUCAGUCCAAAUCUCGGUUCAAACGUUGAUCGGUACACAAUCGCAAACGAGCCUACCGGAUGUGUGCUCUCGAACGACAACCAAAUUCAAAUGGCCGCUGACGAUCUAAUGCUCAAUCAAAACACGUACAUUGUGGAAAACUCAAACGACGUGGUCAUUGGUCCGGUCACACAUUUUCAUUGUCCGGUUACCAUCAUUCAAAACGCACAAGACGGUUCCAGCAUUAAUAGUUCCAGAGGAUCUCUUCCAUCAUCAAAAGAUGUGAAUCUACACAAAGAAAAUGCUUGUGAUAACCAUGUUAUCACAUCGAAACAUCAACAAAAAGAUAAUAACGGCACGCCAAAUAAAUGGUCAUUAUGGAGACAGUUCAAAACUCGUCGAAAACUAUUCAACAUUAUCCUAAUCGCGAUUACUGUGGUGUCAUUCGCACUUGCCGUGUCGAUUGCGAUAAUAUUCAUACAGGAUUCAAGCACUGAUGCUACCUUCACAACGGCACAUAUUGAUAAAAAUAUGUCCGACCAGUGUCCGACCUCCAGCGACGACAACGACGACAACGAGACUUUACCCUUCGAUCCCGAGGCAAUUCAAAUGAUUCCAAGAAGAAUGUGGGGUGCACGACCUCCGCUUAGCGUCCGGUUGUUGGAAACACCAGUGAAGUAUAUAAUAGUCGCACACACCGUGAGCAGACCCUGCUUUUCACUGGAAACCUGUGCGGGAAUUCUGCAAUCAUUGCAAAGCUAUGCGGUGGAUCACAGAUCCCCUGAUAUUGGGUACAAUUUUUUGAUUGGCAGCGAUGGUAACAUCUACGUGGGACGAGAUUGGAACGCUAUAAACUAUUUGCAGAAUCAUAGUAUAGCUGUGGCGUUCAUAGGCAACUUUUCAUACGAUGAGUUUACGAAGAAGAUGCAAAUGGCGCUGCAGAAGCUUAUCACCACUGGGUUGGUGUGGGGAGCCCUACGGGAGGAUUACAUAUUGUUGAGUCACAGUCAGACUGGGGGCACGAUGAGUCCCGGAAUGAAAAUUCGCUGUGAAAUUGAAAAAUGGGAGCAUUAUUAUGACAAAGACUAUAUUGAGAUUCCGAACUGAGUUUACUGGUCAAUUCUGUGACCAAAUAGUGAGGCUUUAUGGGUUAUCUGAGGUUAUUUGUGAUGUUGUGAUGAUGAACUUGGGAUUUUACGUAAAACCAGGACCGAACUAAAA